AUGGCCAAGACACGGAACUACACCAAGGCGGAGAGGAUCAGGAUCCAGGUGCUGCAUGAGGAGGGUCUCAGCUGUCGCCAGAUUGCUCGCAGGGUUCGUAAAUCUCCUGCUGGCGUUGCAGCCUUGCUCCAGAAACUCCGUCAAACCAGUAGCGUGAGGGACAGGCGCCGCACUGGACGGCCACGGGUCACCACCGCUCGAGACGACAGGAUCCUGUGCAGGAUGAGCUUGCGAGACAGGAAGAAAACAGCAGUAAAAUUGCACCAAGAAUGGACUAAUGGUGGUGCUGUGACUGCUUCCGUCAGGACAACUUGCAGAAGGUUGCUAGACCAUGGUCUGAGGUCAUGCAAGGCCCGAAAGAAGCCACUCAUCAAACCUGACCAGAAGAGGAAGAGGCUGGCUUGGGCUCAUAGGCACAAAAAUGGACUCAAAGACAGCGGAACCGUGUGUUAUGGUCUGACGAAUCCAGUUUCCAGUUGA